AUGAAUUUAAACCCUUGUAUUACAACGCCUGCUAUUCAAUCGUAUACUGUAAAACUGCCUACAAUUAAACUAGAACCGUUUAACGGCGAUGUAGAACUUUGGCAAAGUUUUUGGGAACAAUUUCAGUCUUUCGUAGAUAAUAAUCCAAAUCUUUCGGUAAUUGAUAAACAUGUUUUUUUAAGAGGCUAUUUACAAGAUGAACCAAAACGAUUGGUAGAUGGCAUAAGCAUUAUUGCCGAUACAUAUGAAGCUAUUAAAAAACUGCUUAUGGACAAAUAUGGCGAUAAAAACAGAAUCAUUCAAGCUCAUUUGGACUUUUUAGAAAAUUUGACGCCAAUACGAAAUUUAUCACCGACUUCACUAAACGAAGUUUUUAUUGAGUGUAAUAGAAGAUUACAAGCUCUACGUGCCUUGGGAGAGGAUGUUAAUUCUUAUGGCCGAAUUUUAACUCCUAAAAUUUUACGAGCAUUUCCGGAUGACAUUUGCCGCCGUUGGAUUAUUUUUGCGAAACGACAGAAAAUUUCGGAAGGUGACAUAACAAAAUUAAUACAAUUUCUCUCGGAAGAAGUAGAAGGUGCACUUACUACUCUGAAAAUUAGAGGUGAGCAGUCUGUUCAAUAUGAUUUUAAACCUUCCACUGCUAACUUAUAUGUUAAUUCCAAGAACACUACGACAAUUAAAAAACGUUCUCCAUUUUGUGCUAUCUGUGAUACUAAUGGACACUGGCCGCAAGACUGUAACAUUGUAACUGAUAUAGAUAUUCGUAAACAAAAGUUAAAAAAUAGUAAUCGUUGUUUUUUAUGCACUAACCGUGGCCAUAACGUAAAUAAUUGCCCUCGGAAAGACAAAGCCCGUUGCUAUAAAUGCAAAAAAAGGCAUCAUGUUUCCAUCUGUAAAACUGUAAGUGAGAAUCCAAAUUUAACUACCAUUCCAGUUACGUCUACUAAUAACGUUGAUAUUAUAACUCCCAAAUUUACUCAUCUACAAACUGCUCGAGUAUAUGUAAUUGGCCCAACUGGUAAAACAAAAGUAACGCGGUGUCUCUUAGACGGUGGGAGUCAGUCUAGCUUCAUUCAUCCUAGUUUGAUUGACUUCCUGCAACUGGAAAUCACUAGCUCAGAAAAAUUGAACCUUCAAGCAUUCGAAUCUAUUUCAACAAACACUGAAACGAGACGGAGGGUCAAAUUUAUCUUGUCAAGCAUUUGGAGCAACUCAAAAAUAAAUAUACAAGCAUUUGAAAGUUCGAAUACUUAUGCCUUUCAUCCAUCUACUCCACAACCUGUCUCUUCUUUUGCUCAUAGUCAAAAGUUGAAACUUGCUGAUCCAUCAGACAGCUUAAACGACUUACCUAUAGAAAUUCUGAUAGGUGCUGAUUUUUAUUGGACUAUAGUGCAUACUAAAUCUCCUAUCAGACUUUCUGCGACUCAUGUGUUAAUACCUACAGUAUUUGGAUGGAUUCUUUCCGGCAACCGUUCGUUCACUACUAUAGCAUAUUCUUCUGUUUCUUCAAUUCUCAACAUUAGCUCAGAAACUUUGGUACUUGAUCUGGACGAUCACGUGAGACGAUUUUGGGACUUGGAAACAAUUGGCAUUAAAACUAUGCAGGAUAAAGGGAUGACUAUUCGUAAUUCUGAAAUUUUAAGUGAUUUUCACAAUUCAUUUUGCAAAGUUGAUGGCCGCCGUGUUGUAAAGUUACCAUGGAAACCAGAGAUGCAAAAUUAUAUCGAUAACCAACAUGUUGAACUUGCUGAUAAUAGUCCUUGCAACGAAUCAAAGCUAUUUUACUUGCCUCAUCAUAUAGUGAAAAAACAAAAGAAUGACGAAAAAAAAUGGCGAAUUGUAUUUGACGCUUCUUCUCAUACACCAGGACAUCCUUCCUUAAAUGAUGCUCUUGAGCAGGGUCCUAAUUUGCUUCCAGAAAUAUUUGCAACGUUAUUACGAUUUCGACUUCACAAAUUCGCAAUCACAAGCGACGGACGUCAAGCAUUCUUGCAACUUAUUUUGGAUGAAGAGGAUAGAAACUGUACUAAGUUCCUGUGGUUUAGGACGGAAAAGGAUGCAAACGGAAAAAUACAUUUGCGAAAUGAAAUACUUACUUAUCGUUUUUCACGUUUACCUUUUGGAUUGACUUCUAGUCCUUUUUUGCUUUCUGCCACUCUUCGUGAAUUAGCUAAUAUGCACUCUGAUUCCUACCCUACUGCAGCUAAACAUCUGGAGAAUAAUAUUUUCAUGGACGACUUUGUUAUGGGAGUGGAUACUGCUGAACAAACAACAACUCUUUACCAAGAAAUGCAAGAUUUAAUGACACAGAUAAGUUUACGUUUGGCUAAAUGGAGUACAAACUCCAAGAACCUACAGGCUAUUUGGGAACUAAAGGAUAUCAUCUUUAAAUGCAAUACGCAAGUAUUGGGAAUUAACUGGAAAACCAAAGAAGACGUGUUUCAUACAGAUAUAAACGAAAGUGUUUAUCAGUUUGCUGUUCCUGCAACAAAACGUUUACUUCUUAAAAUUGUAUCAAAGUUGUAUGAUCCUUUAGGCCUCUAUGCACCAGCAAUAGUAGUUGGAAAAAUUCUUUUUCAAACCACGUGGCUCAUGGGAGUUCAAUGGAACGAAAUUCUUCCUCCAGGCAUUGCCGCAAGCUUUAACAGAUGGGUAUCUGAAAUAUCAUCCUUAAACAAGAUACACAUUCCUCGCUGGAUUGGAAUUUCUGCUACUUCUCACAUGAGUAUCCAUGUCUUUUGCGAUGCUUCGGAAAAGGCCUAUGGAGCCGCAAUAUACAUUUGUUUCACUGAGCGUAACGAAAGAAAGGUUCACCUAGUUUGCAGUCGCAAUAGACUUUCUCCACUUAAAAAGGUGACACUUCCACGGUUAGAACUUUUGGCAGCCUUACUAGGAGCUCGUUUACUUCACUAUUUUUGCAAAGAAACUGGUUUAGAAAAUCAAACAUCAACACUUUGGAGUGAUUCAACUGUUGUAUUAAGUUGGAUAAGAAAUUAUCCUAAUCGAUGGAAAACAUUCGUAUGUAACCGAGUCACUGAAAUUCUUCAAUACACUUUUCCAGCGCAGUGGCGACAUUGCCUAGGCACACAGAACCCAGCAGAUCAUCUCUCUCGUGGUGUAUUCCCAGCAGAAUUACCAUAUCUAGAAACUUGGUGGAACGGCCCAAGUUGGUUAGCACAAAUUUCAGACGCCUGGCCAGUCCAAAACAUUUUGACAAAUAAAGAAAAAUUAUUAAUGGAUAUAGAAGCUCGUCAAGUAAAGAACCAAACAUUGUGUACAUCGACUAUCCAAACUUUAAUCGAUAUAUCUCGCUUCAGUUCAUACACAAAACUCUUGAGAAUUACAGCUUGGAUUUAUCGUUUUCUGAACAACUGUAAAAGUCGACAACAUUUUACUUCAGAAUUGACGGCUGAUGAGCUGAAUAAGGCAAGAAACUAUUGGAUUUCAGUUGUACAGAAACAGAGUUUUUCUGUAGAAAUCAACGCACUAGAGUAUAAUCGUUCCUUACCUAAAUCCUCAAAAAUUUCUCGGUUUCGCCCAUUUCUAAAAGAUAACAUUUUACGACUUGGUGGUAGGCUACAAUUCGCACGAAUAUCAGUUGAACAAAGACACCCAAUACUACUGGAGGGAUCUCAUUAUUUUGUGCACUUGUUGAUUAGACACACGCACAUUCGUCUACAUCAUUUGGGUGUUCGUGUAGUCCUUUCAGAAUUACGCUCCGAGUUUUGGAUACUCCGUGGUCGUCAAGCCAUCAAGCGAGUGAUUAAAACCUGUUUACCGUGCAAACUGUCUCAUGCUUUAAGUUCUAAUGAAAUAGAAGACCCUCUUCCAGCUGACCGACUUACUUCUUGUAUGCCUUUCGAUACUACUGGAAUAGACUUUGCAGGCCCAGUUUAUAUUAAGACCUUUAAACCUUCAAAUACAGCUUACAUUACGCUAUUUACAUGUUCUACUACUAGAGCCUUGCAUAUCGAACUUGUUUCUGACCUUUCUGUAGACAAGUUUCUUUUGGCCUUGCAACGAUUUGUCAGUAGAAGAGGACUUCCACAUACUAUAUAUAGUGACAACGCCACUACCUUCCAUGCCACAAACAAAGAAUUCAUUUUCCAGUGGAAUACAUUGACUUCAACGAAAGUACAGCAAUUCUAUGCUCACAAUGGUAUAAAGUGGAAGUUUAUUGCACCACGAGCAGCUUGGUGGGGAGGAUGGUGGGAGCGACUAAUAGGUCUAACCAAACGAUGCCUUCGAAAAUCCCUUGGUCGCUCAUUACUAGAUGAGGAAGCCUUAACUACGGUAUUAGUGGGAAUAGAAGCCUCACUCAACAGUAGACCCUUGAUUUAUGAGCGUGGUGAAAAUGAUACAGAGGAAGCUUUGACCCCAGCUCAUUUCCUAACUGGUCGAAAGUUGACCAUUGUUCCAUCCGGACCUGAGUCAAGAAAUGAUAAGAUCACAAAUAUUUACCGGCAACAGCAAGACUUACUGGAUACAUUUUGGAAAAGAUGGUCCAAAGAAUAUCUUUUGGAGUUACGUACAUUUCAUCAAGUACGAAAUGUAAAGGAAACACCACGAGUACGAGUAGGAGACUUGGUCCUAUUACAAGAAGAUCUGCGACCACGACAAAUGUGGAAGAAAGCUCUCGUGGUGAAAUUAAUCGAUGGCCGGGACGGAAGAAUUCGAACCUGCAUCCUUCGUGUCAAAGGAAAGGAGAUUACCCGUCCAAUUCAACUGGUCAUACCUCUGGAGGUUGACCAGGGUGGGGAGGAUGUUGCGCACUACAACAUGAGAUGGUAA